AAGUCUAAACCCCCUACGAAGUGAAGUGAAGAAGAUAAAGAGCACCAAAAACUGAAGAACAGAUUUUAUUUGUUGGCAGCAACAGAGUGUAACAGACUGAGCAACAAACGAAGACUGAAGAUAUGCCUUCUCUGUCUAUCUUCCCGUCACUGCCAUCGCUUCAAAACCCUAACUUGGAGCAUGCCCACCUCUUCAAAUCCAUCGGAACCCUAAAUUUCAGUUUAACUUCACGAACAGAGUGUCACUGCCACUUCUCGCACCACUUCAAAGCCACUCUCUCUCUUCUCUCUAGGGUACAGAACCAUAGAAUCCCGUCCCGGAGGAUACACUGCAAAGUCUUGAAGGAUCCUGGGGAAGAGGUUAAGGUGGUUUUGGACUCCGACGGCGGAGGUGGCGGCGGCGGCGACGACGAUGGCGAUGGUGGGGAUAAGAGAGAAGUUAAGAAGAAAGAAGGGUCUUCGGGGCCCUUGCCAGAAUGGUUGAAUUUCAAUUCCGAUGACGCAAAGACGGUGUUCGCGGCUCUGGCUAUAUCGCUUGCGUUUCGUGCGUUCGUGGCUGAGCCGAGGUACAUUCCUUCGCUGUCAAUGUAUCCUACCUUUGAUGUUGGAGAUCGAAUUGUUGCUGAAAAGGUUUCAUACUACUUUAGAAAGCCAUGUGCAAAUGACAUAGUGAUAUUCAAAAGUCCUCCGGUCCUUCAAGAAGUUGGAUAUACUGAUGAUGAUGUUUUCAUAAAACGGAUUAUUGCAAAGGGAGGUGAUAUUGUGGAGGUUCGCAAAGGUCAUCUCAUAGUUAACGGGGUUGAGAGGAGUGAAAAGUUCAUCCUUGAACCACCUUCUUAUGAGAUGAAGCCCACUCGUGUUCCGGAAAACUACGUCUUUGUGAUGGGGGACAACCGCAAUAAUAGCUAUGAUUCCCAUGUGUGGGGUCCGUUGCCAGCCAAGAAUAUCAUCGGAAGAUCAGUGUUCCGAUACUGGCCUCCAAAUAGAAUAGCCGGCACUGUUUCGGAGGAUACAUGUCCCGUUGAAACCAAGCAGGACACAACUACUCUAGUUUCUUCUCAAUGAUGCCCACUUUAACUGAAAGGAUAUUGUGAAUUUUGUAAUUUUUGUAUCCUAUGUAUUCUUCAGUACAUCAAUUCUUAUUUAUGUAUUCCUAUGUAUCCUAUUAGUUGGAGAAGGAAAGAAACGAGUAAUUGACAAACUUUUCUAAAAUAUUUUUUUGUGUUUUUCA